AUGGCCACUCAAACUAGCAGUUUGAAGAAGAUCAGUCUUGCUGAAUUGGCCAAACACAAUAACGAGGAUUCUGCUUGGGUCGCUAUUAAUGGAAAGGUAUUUGAUCUGACAGAUUUCAUCGAUGGACAUCCAGGUGGAAAGCGUAUUCUUAUGGGUGUAAUCGGAAAGGAAUGUACUCAACAAUUCGUACAAUUCCACAAUGUCGCAACCGUUAUGGGCACUUACGGCCCCAAACUAGUCAUUGGGGAACUUGACGGUGCUGAAAAGGAAGCUCCCAAACCAUCUACUGAACUCUUUGGAGAAUUGAUUCCAUAUGGUGAUCCAUCAUGGUAUCAAGGCUGGAAAUCCGUAUUCUACAACGAAUCACACAAACGUCUACGAACCUACAUACGUGAAGUAACUGACCGAGAAUUGACUCCAUUCGCCUUCCAAUUCGAGAAUGACAAGCAAGUGCCUCGAACGCUUUAUUCGAGCUUCGGGCAGCGUGGGCUGCUUGUACCUGCACUUGGAAUGAGACCUUGGCCUAGCAAGUAUGCUCCUUGUGAUCCUCCUGGUGGUGUAAAGCCCUCUGAAUGGAACAUUUUCCAUGAACUGAUUAUGGCUGAUGAGAUGAGCCGGUGUGCAUCGACUGGUAUUGUAGCUGCUUUGACAACAGGUCCAUCGAUAGCUCUACCCGUCAUCAGCUCCUUCGCCUCCGACUACUUGAAGGAGAAGAUCAUUAAAGACGUACUCAGUGGUAAAAAGACAAUCUGUUUGGCUGUCUCAGAACCAUAUGCCGGCUCAGAUAUUGCCAACUUGCAGACUCGUGGUGAAAAGACACCAGAUGGCAAACACUUUAUUGUGUCUGGUGAAAAGAAAUGGAUUACCAACGGUGUGUGGAGUGACUACUUCGUUACUCUGGUCAGAACUGGUGGUUCUGGAGCCAGUGGUUUGAGCUUCCUCUUGCUUGAACGUGGCAUGCCUGGACUCACGACGAGAGCUGUCCAUGCGCAAGGAAAUAUUGGAUCUGGGACUGCAUAUGUCAUGAUGGAUAAGGUUAAAGUGCCAGUUGAGAACGUCAUUGGUGUUGAAGGGCAAGGCUUCAAAUACAGUGUCUUCAACUUCAACCACGAGCGUUUGGGAAUCUGUAUGGGUACUGUUCGUCAAGCACGAAUGUGCUAUGAAGAGGCCAUGCGAUACGCAAACAAGAGAAAGACUUUUGGCCAAUUCUUGAUUGAACACGGUGUUAUCCGUAACAAGUUCGGUCAUAUGGCUCGUAUGAUUGAAGCAACUCAAGCAUGGCUUGAAAUGAUUUGCUACAACUGGGACAAGAUGACCAAGGAAGAAGCCGACAAGGCCUUGUCUGGCCCAAUCGCUCUUUGCAAAGCUCAAUGCUCCAUCACGUUCGAGCUCUGCGCUCGUGAAGCUUCUCAGAUAAUGGGUGGAAUUGCCUACACCAAGGGAGGUCAAGGAGAGCGCGUUGAACGUCUCUACCGAGAUGUCAGAGGAGCUGCUAUCCCUGGCGGUUCAGAGGAGAUUAUGUUGGACUUUGGUAUCCGCCAACAACUGAAAGUCGCUAGAGCUAUGGGAGCUCGAAUUUAA